AGUCUGGGCCGACCCUUGUCUUGUACAGGCGGUGCACCAUAGGAGGAGGACUGGGGCUGUGAGCGCGGGCGGGCGGGCCCGUGAUGCGAAACGGGCGUGCGCGUGUGUGUGCUGCGUGAGACGCGACACGUGCGUGCGAUACACCACAGUGUGCGCCAACUGCCUCUGUGCAUUGAGCGUUCUGCGCUCCCAACGCUGGUGAGGUACCCGAGGCUCGACGUUGCCCUACCUACCGUGGAAGUUACCAACACACCUGAGAAGGACAGCUUUCAACAUCCGUUUAUUUAUUUGACAGUAUUUUUUUUUAUUCCCACCACCGUCACCCUCCUCCUCCUCCCCCCCCCCCAAAGUGAAGCACUUGGCAGCUGUGAGAUGCACUGAGAUAACAGAAGCUCUGAAGAUGGGAAGUUCAGGUGGAUGGAGUUUGCUGAUAAUUUGGUUGCUUCUAAACGGAGCCACGUCUCAAGAAGUGUGCAGCGGAACGGAGAACAAGCUCAGCGCAAGUGCCACGCGCGAGCUUCAGUACCAGACACUGCGCAAGAUCUACGAGCACUGUGAGGUCGUGCUGGGAAACCUCGAGAUCACCAACAUUGGGCCCGACAAAGACCUCAGCUUCCUGCGGACUAUUCACGAGGUGUCGGGCUACGUGCUCAUCGCCAUUAAUGAGUUUGAGCACCUGCCGCUGGAGAACCUGCGAAUCAUCCGAGGCACCAAGCUCUAUGAAGACAAGUAUGCGCUGAGUGUCUUCCUCAACUACCGCAAGCACAGUACCAACCGUAACGGGCUCAAGGAGCUGCGUCUGCACAACCUAACAGAAAUCUUACAUGGAGGGGUGUACAUAAAGGAGAACAAGCACCUCUGCUACCACAACACUGUGGACUGGUGGGAUAUUGUGAAAGAAGGCAGCAUUGUCAACAUCGACAUGGACAACAGCACCACAUGUACUUCCUGCCAUAAAGGCUGCCAUAAGCACUGCUGGGGAAAUGGGAUGAAAUACUGCCAGAAAUUCACCAAGCUGACGUGCGCACGGCAGUGCGAUGGCCGCUGCCAUGGCCCUACUCCCAGCGAGUGCUGCCACUCCCAGUGCGCGGCUGGGUGUGAUGGUCCACGGGACACACACUGCUUUGCGUGCAAAAACUUCAAUGACAGUGGGUCCUGUGUGAGCCACUGCCCUCCACCUACCAUCUACAACCCCGUCACCUUUGCACAGGGCGAAAACCCAGACGUCAAAUACAGCUACGGCGCCAUCUGUGUCAAGGAGUGUCCACAUAAUUUCGUGGUGGACUAUAACUCAUGCGUACGAGCGUGCCCAGCCGGGAAGCAUGAAGUGGAAAAAUUUGGCAAGAAGAAAUGUGAAACCUGUACCGACGUCUGCCCUAAAGCGUGCGAUGGGAUAGGAACAGGAAACCUAAGCCGAUCACAGACGGUGGAUGCUACCAACAUAGAUACAUUUGAGAACUGCACAAAAAUCAAUGGAAACAUUGCAUUCCUCACCACAGGCAUCAAAGGGGAUGAUUACAUGAAAAUCCCGCCUCUUGAUCCUGAUAAGCUAAACGUUUUUCGCAGCAUUAAAGAGAUAACAGGUCAUCUUAUGAUCCAAGCUUGGCCAGAAAAUAUGACAGACUUUGCUGUUUUUGAAAACCUCACGACAAUCAGAGGCAGAGUGUUACAGAGGACCUUUUCUCUUCUUGUGGCUCGCAUCCCCAACAUCACAGCACUGGGACUAGCCUCCCUGCAGGAAGUGAGUGCCGGCAAUGUCUACCUCAAGAACAACGAACGUCUGUGCUACUACAAUACCAUCAAAUGGCCUGCGGUAUUUGUGAGCGAACAACAGACUUCAUACGUUCACGACAACAAGCCAGAAGCCGACUGCAAUGCGGAUGGUGCUGUGUGUGACUUGCUAUGCUCGGAGCAUGGCUGCUGGGGGCCUGGCCCUGACCAGUGUAUCUCCUGUCGGUUCUUCCGCCGUGCCCGCUCCUGUGUGGAAUCCUGUUACAUCACUGAGGGGCCAUACCGUGAGCACAUGCAGGACGCCGUGUGUGCACCUUGCGACCCCGAAUGCCUCCCUGUGAACGACUCGGUCACCUGCUUUGGCCCGGGCUCCAACAGCUGCGUACGUUGUGCGCACUACAAGGACGGCCCCCACUGUGUGAGUGCGUGUCCCGUUGGGGCACAGGGUGAGAACGACGAGAUCAUCUCAAAGUACCCCGACAAGAACAAUACUUGCCAGCCCUGCCACCCCAAUUGCUCCCACGGGUGCAAGGGAGGAGGCCUGUUGGACUGCCAUCUAAUUGGCCCUCUCUUUAGGACCGGCUCCCCAGUGCUGGCGGUCAUGGCAGUGGGGGGGCUGUUUGCCUGCGUCAUGCUGCUGCUGCUUGCCGUCGUAUGCGUUCGUCGGCGCAACAUCGCGCGCAAGCGCGCCAUGCGGCGCUACAUCGAAAAGGAGCUCGUGGAACCCCUGACUCCUAGCGGGGCAGCACCCAACCAGGCCCAGCUGCGUAUCCUCAAAGAGACGGAACUCAGGAAGGGCAAGAUGCUUGGCUCAGGGGCCUUCGGCACUGUGCACAAGGGGAUCUGGACUCCAGAGGGUGAGGACGUAAAGAUCCCUGUGGCCAUCAAGGUGCUGAGAGAGGCCACAUCUCCAAAAGCCAACAAGGAGAUUUUGGAUGAGGCCUACAUCAUGGCGAGUGUGAGCCACCCACAUCUCGUGCGACUACUGGGCAUCUGCCUGACUCCGAGCGUACAGCUCGUGACCCAGUUAAUGCCGCUCGGCUGCCUGCUGGAGUACACACGGGAGCACAAGGAGCACAUUGGCUCCCAGCUGCUGCUCAACUGGGCCGUACAGAUUGCCAAGGGCAUGAUGUACCUGGAGGAGCAGCGUUUGGUGCAUCGGGACCUGGCAGCACGCAACGUGCUAGUGAGAACCCCUCAACAUGUGAAGAUCACAGACUUUGGCUUAGCACGGCUACUUGACAUCAAUGAAAUUGAGUACCACGCAGAUGGUGGCAAGAUGCCUAUCAAGUGGCUGGCCCUGGAGUCCAUUCAGUACCGCACCUUUACCCACCAAAGUGAUGUGUGGAGCUAUGGAGUGACCAUUUGGGAGUUGAUGACCUUUGGAGGGAAGCCUUACGAAGGUAUUCCAGCCAGGGAUAUCCCUGAGCUCUUGGAGAAGGGAGAGCGGCUACCCCAGCCGCCCAUCUGCACCAUCGAUGUCUACAUGAUCAUGGUGAAAUGCUGGAUGAUUGAUGCGGAGAGCCGUCCACGAUUCAAGGAGCUGGCUGUGGAGUUCUCCAAAAUGGCUCGAGAUCCUCAGAGGUACCUGGUUAUUCAGGGUGAUGACCGGAUGACGCUCCCCAGCCCCUCGGACAGCCAUUUUCUGCAGAGUCUGCUUGCCGAGGAGGACAUGGGUGACAUGGUGGAUGCAGAAGAGUACCUCAUGCCUCAGCAGAACUUCUUUGGAGCCAGUGGGGAGAAUCACAGUGGAGAAUCUGACAAGUCUAUCAUGAGCAACAGCUACAGUGUCCAUGGCCCUGAGUCCAUCUCAAAUAUUUGCAACCUAUCAGGACCUUAUGCCUCCACAUCCUACCUUCCUAUGAGAGGAACCUCCCUCCAGCAAGACGACAAUGCACAGGCUCAAAAUGGGAACCUUGGGCAAAACGGACAUCUGGCUCGCCGGCUCUCGGACCAGUCGCGGCAGAGCGAAGCGUCGGUGUGCACGGCGGCCUGCGCAUCCUCCGCCUGUACAGCCGCCUGCGUGGCCGCGUGCACGCCGGAGUGCAGCGCCUUCGACGCUUCCUGUUGCGGCGGCGGUAGCCCGAUCGCAUGCGCUCAGCAGCAGGGUCACAGAGCCCGACAGGACAGCACCACGCAGCGCUACAGUGCCGACCCCACGCUCACGCUUUACGAGGCGGCCGCCCCCAAGGUCGCAGUGCGCCUGGAUGAGGAGGGAUACGUCCUGCCCAACGCAAGCGGCUCCGUGCCUGAAUAUCUGACACCAAUAGAAGACAAUCCGUUUGCAGCAGAGGUUUCCACAAAUUCCACGGGUGUGGAUAACAAGGAAUAUCACAACGUGACAUGGGAUAGCCAUGGCUCAGCCAAUGAGUAUCUUAAUGAGCCAUGGUACAUUAACAGCAACCGUGGACUUUUAGAUAAUCCUGAAUACAUGGCACGGAACACAAUGGCAGCUACUUUACCACGAAACUACCUUUCCAAAGAGCAGAAGUCCGAAGUUCAAAGGACACCGAGUGAAUCUAGACAAAUCACGAGCGCACCAAAUCGAGGAAGCUACAAUACCAAGCCACAGAAUAUGGUUCAUAAUUUACUGAACCCUGCAUACAAUUCAAACAAAGUAUCCAUCCCCAAAAAACAUGAAAGUCAGAAAAAAUUAACAACUCCUGAAAGCGCAACAUCAACAGCAUACCAAGCAGUCCCAAUAUUUAACCCUAUAACGGAGUGGAGGCAGCUGUUAAUUCCAGCUGCCAGCAUCAAAGGAAAUACUGCUGUAAAAACACUACAUCAGCAGGGUCACCUGAUCAAUACCAUAAAUAGUGAAAAUCUGGGAGUGAACACAACAAAGCAGGGCAAUCAGGGCAAUGAUCUGACAACAGUCAAUCCACUUGUUAGUGUAAUAAGCCAGAUAAAUCCAACUGCUGCCAUUGCAAAUUAUGGCAACCAGAUGAAAAAGUCAGCGGGCAAAAGCCACCAAGCACUUGGCACACAGAGCCAGGAAGAGCAAGCUAAACGACCUUCAAUCACAGAUGUUGCUACCCAAGUAAACAUGGUCAGGUUUCAGUCAAACUCGAGCAGCCAAAAACAAAGGCCAACAUAUCAAAGUAAUGUAACCGUGGUCCCCACAAGUCAAGAAACACAGGAAACCAAAUUGCCACCAUACUACAGCCAAAGUGUUGGCAAAUCAGUCGGUGGAAACCAGUCUGGAAAUUCAAUGGACUAUGCAAACCGUUUGAUUAAGCCGCCGAGCUAUGGAAGCCAGCCCAUUUACACAUCGACUCAAGAUUGUCAAACUGAAGGUCUCCCAAAGAUGCCAGGUUGUGAAAGAAAAAAAUCACUCUCCUUUGGCAAACCGCAGGGCAAGCCGAUAUUGCAAGGACACAAGAGCAUAGAUGUUUCUAUUGAGGAGAAACAAAUAAAAAGGGCGUGCAUUGAUGGGAACAAAACCCAAGACCAGGCUCUCCAUGGAAAGGAUAAAAACAAAGAAUUAAAUCAUGGAAAUAUAGUCAAGAGCUUGGGGCAGGAAGAUGGAACCAGAAAAAAAUCCACAGGGAAAGACAUUGACGAAACACAACCAUCACAUCAUGAAAGCCAAAUGUUUAGGCCCACAGCACUAGGAAACUCCAUGGUCAUGACACCCUCUAAAGUGGGUCAGCGCAUCUACCCAGAAAGCCAUGGCAGGCAAUGGAUAGGUUCACCCAAAUGUGGUAAAAAUCCCACAAACUCUGCACACCAGAACAACAUGGAACCCAACCUAUCAAAUAAAGCGAAGCAGAUCGUUACUACAGCAACCACUGGAAACUGUGUGGUUAAUCCACCACACCAUGGCGCAAAAGCACCUGGCAUGGUCACGGUGGACAAUGCAGUGUACUUACAGGGAAGCUUUUCAAACUGGACUCAAAACCAGAAUGGACCAGUUGUGAACGGCAUGUUGAACAAGAGGCACGAUCAACAAUUGCAACAUGGUAAAGUGCUGCCUUGCUGUAGCACGAAUGACACUUUGGUAUGAUAUUUUACUCGUCAAAACCUGUUUGGCUGGACCAAGGUGAUGUAUGUGUUAUCGCAACAAGCAAGGAGAUUAUGUAAAAUACUUGUAUCGUCCAAUUACCAAGGUUUAUUUUUAAACAUAUGGUGUAUAUGCUUAACUUAGUACUUAAUAUUGUACAGUACCACAGCCUGUUACUGCUCAUAACAAAUAUUUUCGUAUGUAUGUUGGUAUUUACUACGUUUUAGGAUGACAAUGACAAUGAAGAGCGAUAAGUAUGUAAUAUUGGCAGAAGCGAAAGCCGACAUAUUAGACUGGCCACGUUCCAUAACUGCUGAUUAGUUUUCAGAGUGAUAAUAAUUCUAGAUAAAUCUUAACUUAAAGCUUUCGUGACUGCAGGGAUUCCUAUUAUUUGGGUCUUUUGGUAAAGUCACGUAGAUAGGUUGAAAAAAAUCAAAAACUACUUUUUUAUUUUACUUAUUUGUAUGUUUUUAUUUUUUCAACCUAUCUACGCGACUUUACCGAAAGACCCAUAGAAAAUUGUAGAUAAUUAUAUGUAAGUCAGAGAAAGCACAUGUAAAAUUCAGUCCAUUCACAUCACUUUAUUGUGUAAAUUAUACGAAUGACUGAAACAGGAUUGUAUAUAUUUUGUCCAUGUAAUUAACCUUUAUAUUAAGAGUCUUAAGCUUUGUUAAUAUGAAGACGAGAUACCUAGUCUGAGCAGAAAGUGUAUCAACCAAUAGCAGGCAAUGCAGCUAAUACAAUGACUUUUAUUUAAGAAACACAAUUAUACGAACAGGGUGUACAGAUUCAGCACACUAUAGUAGCAGAUGUAGGAAACACUUCUAAUGAUGGAUUUAUGCUUGUGUUAUGUUAAAUGUGAGUAAAAAUACAAAUGUUGGUGCAGAAACAAUAUCUGCACGUGCAGAUUGUAGUUUGAAGACAGUGACCCAUUUAUAAUCCAUGGGUAUCUCAGAAGAAACACAAUUGAUUGGCAUGCUGAACAUUGAAAAGCCAAUUAUUACAAUCGGUGUCCAUAAAGUACUGUAUACUAUUUUACAGUACAAUGUUAAGGCAUUGUGAAAUAAACCAUAAUGCUAAGUGUAUGCGCACAGCACAUUCUACUUCAGUAAUUUUUGUAUUUUUGCGACAUCUUAUCAGUCACCAUGAAAAUCAAAGAGCAUACGUGGCACUUUUUUAUUUACCAAAAAAGUUACAUUGUAAUGUGUUGGAUUUAAAAUAUUUGCAAUAUGGGAACAGAAAUGUGUAACACCUGUUAAAAUGUUGCUUUAAUUGUGAUUCACCUUGUAGAUGUUUAAUUCGCACACACACACAAAUGUUUUUGAUAACAUAAGGAUUGUACGAAGAAUUUAGGACAGUAAAAAUGUUGUCGAGUCUGAAGCAGAUUUCACUUGGGGCCCAUUAACAUUGUUUAAUGGCUGGCCCUGAAACCAUGAUACGUAAUAUUUGUAGGGCAGGGAUGAAUGAGUUUGCAUAACAAUCAAAAACAGUUUUCACGCACAGUAAUCUCAAGAGUUCUCUUAGGUCAGUCUCAAUCAGAAUAUUGAAGCCAGCCUAAUUAUAUGGCCAAAAGUGGAAGAGCAAUUCUGACAAAUGGACCAGGGUAAGUACUACAUUUUGCAGUCGUUUAUUAAUCAGAUGUGUCAAAAUUUAAAUAAAAAGCAGGUCUUUUAACGAAAUUGAAUACUAGCCAGAUAAAUGUUUCUCCUGGUGUCCUGGUAACCUUCAUAUCCUUGUAAUACAGGCAUAUUUGAUAAGACUUCCAACAAAUGAAUACGUGUUUUAACUACAAUACAAGAAACAAUUUCAGGAAUGUGAGAUGUUCUUCUGAAUCUCAGGCAGAUUUUACGGACCAUUGCAACGUUUACAUUGACCAAAUUAUAAAUUUACAAUGUUUAGAAUAUCUUACAAUGAAAGUGUAAUAUGUGUACAUUAUUGCAAUUAACCAAUGAGGCACACGCCUAACAUUGAGAGUUGAUAAAGUUAGGAGGAAAAAAGUAAAAAUAAAUAAUCCUUUUAAAGUUACCAAGGCAGGCUAAACAUCACAGAACUACUCAUUGUGUAUAAUGGAGCCAGAUUUAUUAUUUAAGCAUCAGAGCAUGUGUAGCAUGACUUUUAAAACUGUGUUUGCUAUCAAUAGAUGCUUACAUAUAAAGCAAUACCAUACAAUACAACCACAACCAUUUUAUGGAGGGUGGAUUGGUGUGUACUGGUAUAUAAAGUUAUUUGUUAUGAAAAUCGAAAUACUGUAAUGCUGAUAACUAUUAAUUUCCCAUACUUUACAUAUACCACACUGGACUCAAGUAUUGCAGUAGUGUGUGUGCGUGAAUCUUAGUGUACAUAAAAAAUGAACCAUACUGUAAAACAUUUACGACACAGUUUGUUCAUGACAAAAAAACAACUACAAAUUUUGACACGCUAAAAUGUGUCACAUCUCUGUGAUACAUUGCAAUUUUCACAAUUUGUUUUAUAUGAAAACGUUUGUAACUCAACAAAAAAAUAAAACCAUUCGCAACAAUGGCAGCAACAACAGUAUGCAUACAAAUGCUGCCAGGGAGUUCCCAACUACUCGGUGUGCACUGCUGGUCACCGUCCGUGUGUACGCGUCACGUCACGUGACGGCUCUGAUGACACUCGUACCCCCCUUUGCUAGCAUCGCUGUCUGUGAUGAUGUGGGCAUCCGUCAUUAAGGUGGCAAUAUAAUCAUUUAGCACAAACCUGUUUUGAAGAUGUGAAAUAUAUAUAUGAACUAUU